AUGAAAUCGUUUAAAGUUUCUAGUGGAACUAUGGAUUUUAUGAGAAAUUAACCAAAAGAUGUGAAAUCUUCUUAAAUGAUAGUUGAUAAAGUGAAUGAGAUUGUAUUUUUAAAUAUAAGACAUAGCAUAGUGGAAUUGAUGAAAAGAAUUUGAAACUAGUUAAUUAGCAUCUUAUAAAUCAUUUUUAAUUGAAGCCAAUAGUAAGUACAAUAGAAUAGCCUAAUAAUCCUUUAUAGAAAAUACGUAAUCGUUCUAAAACAAAAUUUUAAUCAUUAUUGCAUUCUUAAAUUAGUUAGGAGGUUGAGUCAGUUUAAAAUUCAUACUAAUAUACAGAAUUACUUAGUGAGAAGGAAAAGGAGAUAAAUUAUUAUAAGAAUCAUAUCUAAUAACUUACAGAGGAAUUGUAAAAAUUAACUGAAUUGUUUGAAACAGUUAGAAAUGAAAAUUAAUCUCUUAAAAAUUAAGUUGAUCAAAGUUAAAAUUAUCAAUUAAUAAUAUCUAAUCAAUAGAAAUAGAUUUUAAAAUUAUAACAAGACAAUGUUGAACUUGAAAUGAUUUUGAAAAACACAUUAUUAUAAUAAGAAAGAUAGAAAUUUUAAUCCUAAUCUUCAAAAUAAUCAGUAAUUAUAAAGAAAAAUUCACAAAAUGGAUAAAAAUUAAAAUUAUUUAACUUAAGUUUAAGUGAAUAAAUAAAUAAUUCAAACAUGAGCACAAGUUUUAUAUCUUGUCCAGAUAAUUAUAAUUAAAAAUAAAAAAGCCCCAGAAUUAAUGAAAGAGUAAAAACAAAUCAAACAGUUCCUACUCUUCCUGAUUCUAAAAUCUACUCAAAUGAUUAAUAUAAUAUACAUAGAUUAGGAAAGGAAAAUAUCAAGAUGAGAUAUUGA